AUGGCUUCCUCGGGUCAGUCAGAUCACACCACUGAGCUGCAGCCUCUGCCAGCUGCAACCCCAAAGUCGGAAUCCGUACGAGACGGCGGUGAUGCCGCAUCCUCAUCUCGAGACUCCACUUCUCCGCUAGAUAUAGCGAUGCCUGUGGUGGAAAAGUGGAACAGCAACCCAACAAACACCUGCCGCCUGCUCGCCACAUUCUGGGCCUUUAUGGUAAUGGGCGGAAAUGAUGCCGCGUACGGCCUCGAAACCUACUAUGGCCUCAAUUACACCAUCGUCUCCUUUGUCUUUUUCUCGCCGUUGGGCGGCUAUGCAGCCGCGGCUCUCCUAAACAACUGGAUCCACAACCGCUUCGGCCAACGGGGUGUCGCCUUCCUCGGUCCCUUCUGUCACCUCAUCGCAUACAUAGGCAUCGCAACUCACCCGCCCUACCCAGCCCUCAUCGUGUUCUUCCUCAUCGCCGGCUUCGCCAACGGCAUCGAGGACGCGGCAUGGAACGCGUGGAUCGGCAAGCUGGCGAAUCCGAACGAGCUGCUGGGCCUGCUUCACGGCCUGUACGGUGUCGGCGCCGUGCUGUCGCCGCUGAUCGCCACCAGCCUGAUCACAAAGGCUGGCUGGGGCUGGUGGAGCUUCUACUACCUCAUGGUCGGUGCCGCCACUCUUGAGCUCACGACCUCGGUGGCCGCAUUCUGGGGCGCCACGAGCCUUCACUUCAAGGCCACAACCGCUGCCCGUCCUCCUUCGAAUGACAACAACGGCAGCAGCAAUAGCACGACAAAAGACGACAGCAACAGCAGCGGCAGCCUGCUCAAGGAAGCGCUGCGCUCGCGUGUCAGCUGGGUGGCCGCCAUCUUCCUGCUCGGCUACGUCGGCGUCGAGGUGGCACUGGGCGGCUGGAUCGUGGUCUUCAUGACGCGCCAGCGCGACGGCGGCGACUUCGAGUCGGGCAUGGUGGCCACGGGUUUCUGGAUCGGCAUCACCGCCGGCCGCGUGGCGCUGGGCUUCGUCACGCCGCGCAUCGGCGAGAAGCUGGCCGUCGCCAUCUACGUGCCCGCCGCCAUCGGCUUCCAGCUCCUCUUCUGGCUCGUCCCGCAGUUCGUCGUGUCCGCCGUCGCCGUCGCCGUCGAGGGCUUCUUCCUCGGCCCGCUCUUCCCCGCCGCCGUCGUCGCCACGACGAAGCUGCUGCCCGCCCACCUGCACGUCUCGGCCAUUGGCUUCGCCGCCGCCUUCGGGGGCAGCGGCGCCGCCAUCUUCCCGUUUGCGGUCGGCGUGCUGGCCCAGACCAAGGGCGUGCAGGUGUUGCAGCCUGUCAUCGUCGCCCUGUUGGCGGCUUUGUUGAUCGUUUGGGCGAUGAUGCCGCGCAUGCACAAGACUAGGAGUACGGCCGACGAGGAUGCUGAGGAGGGUAACGUUAGUAGCACUGGCCGGAAGUCCGGUUCGGUGUGGAGAAAUGUCAGCUCGUACACGACGCGCUCGCGAAAGGCGUGUGCGACGGUGUUGAAAGUCAGGUAG